CCAAUGUAUUGACGAAAGAAGUGAAGGAGAUACCGAAAUGGCUUGAAGUUGCUUAGACUUGUAUAUGAUAGCUGCCAGAAGAAGUGAAGGAGAUACAUUAUUGGCUUGAAGUUGCUUACACUUGUGUGUUGGGAACAAAAUUAUAUUAGGUAGGAGCACAGGGAAAAGUAAGGCCUCCCAAAAUUGUGGGCAACUAUCAACCUGGAAACGUCAAGGUAUGGAAUCUCUAUUCUGAUCUAAUCUCUAGGCCUUUCGUCAGGGGAGUCCUAAUCCUACUUCAGAGUACCACUCUGAUAGACUUAAAGAUGACCGGUCGCGUUGAUGGGUCAUUUGAUCCAUAGCGAUGGGAGUCCUAAUAUAUAAAGGCCACCACCACCCAGAACGUUGAGUGCCAUCUACAAGCUAAGUACCAAGUGAAUUAAGAAGCUCCCGCCAUUGAAGAAUCAAGAUAUAGAAGGCUGGAUUGUCUCUCGAGAAUGGAUCGUGUUAAUCUUGUGUCACUGGCAGUGCUAGUAGUGCUCCUCCAGUUGAUGAGCUUAGAUUCAGGCGGAGCUGCAGAAUCAACUACUGGUGCAGCAGCCAAAUGCUCCAUCGAUCUUGUAAAGCUGGCAGUAUGUGCGCCUUUGCUGAACGUCAAGGUUGGCGACCCCACAGGCGCAGCGAGUAAGCCUUGUUGUGCAGCGCUGCUGGGCCUGACGGACCUGGAAGCUGCGGUUUGCCUCUGUACGGCCCUCAAAGCGGGUCUGCUGGGACUCAACGUCGAUGCUCCGUUGGCUCUCAACCUCCUGCUCUCUACUUGUCAUAAGAAUGCACCACCUGCCUUCCAAUGCAAGUAAUUAUAAUAAUAUCACAGCCCGAACAGUCGUGUCUGUCUGAAGAUCGAUCCAUCCAUCGAUUCAACUUGAAAUAUUUUUCUAUGUUCAUGAAAUAAAAGAAGGGAUUAAUUAAGGGUAUUUUAUUUUACCCGGCCCCCUUUGAAGUUAUCAAACGUGGCGUUGCAAUCUGUAUUCAUAAUUACUAAUCCCACUACUUUCGUAUUGCUGCUUCUUUCAUUUCUGGCAGGCACCCCUUGUUUACUUGUUACCUAUGUCCAGCUGCUUCCUCUCUCUCAUUUCUGGUCUAUAAUUAUGCGGGAAGGAUAAUUUGCUUUUUCCAACCUCCUUUUCCAUCAAAAGCCAGACCUCCACCAUCACUUUUUUCUUGUACUAUGAUUGAUUAAACAAAUGGCCCAGCUGCUAUUACUCACUUACUUACAAGUAUAAGUAACCACUUUAUGUGCUCGCAACCAAUAAUCCCUUGCCUUUCUCUCCUCUGCUACUUUUUCUUUUCCUUCUUCCUCUACACAAGGUUGGUUGUUAGGUUGGACCCAGCCUUUCCCCUGCAAUACCCAGUCUCUAUACCAACCUUAAAAAAGCACAACAAUGUGC